AUGCAUGUACACGAUGUUCUCAUAGUCGGUGCCGGUCCAUGCGGCCUAGCAAUGGCCGCGCGCCUCCGCGAACAGACGCCAUCCGCAACCUUCACCGACGACGAGCACCAGCGAUACCACUGGAUCCGCAAGCACGGCAAGAAGAUGAACAUUAAGAACUGGCGGACGCAGGAGAAUUCACUCCCGACACCACCCUCAACCCCCGAUACCUCAGACUGCGGGUGCGACCAGCACGAGGGCGCAGCGGCUAGGAGAACGGACAAUGGGAUAGAUAUGCUCGUUCUCGAUGCAGACGGGGCAGAUUGGAUGGCGAAGUGGCACAGGCUGUUCAAGACCUUCGGCAUCGUGCAUUUGCGCAGCCCAAUGUUCUUCCACGUCGACCCGUCCGAUCGCGAUGCCUUGCUCGGAUAUGCGUACGAGACGGAGAGAGAAGAUGAAUUAUACGCUCUUCCUGGCUGCGUGGGGAAGGGGAUAAGCAAGCAUCGCAAGAAGAAGAAACGUAAUGCCAUGGGCCGAAUGUCUCAAGGUGGUCCGGAGAUCGAUGAGCGUGAUAGGAAGGAUUACUAUACGCCUUCUACGAAAUUGUUUGCAGCACACUGCGAGCAGGUUUCGCAAAGGUAUUCAAUUGGGAAGGAAGUGAUUCGACAUGAGAAAGUUAUGGACAUUGAGUAUCAGAAAUUGGCAAACCUCCAAGAUGCACAACUCGAUGCUCUGCAGACUGAGGAUGACUUGGUGGAAGAGAGGAAAGUCUUCAAGGUAACCACUGAUAAAGGUGUUCGUUUUGCAAACAUUGUUGUGCUCGCUGUCGGACCUGGAAAUGCACCUUCGAUUCCCAGCAUACCAGGUCUGGAGCACUCGAGUGCUCAUGCAGGCUACACUCACGCAAUGCACUUGAAGCAAAUUCCUCCGCCGAACAUGGUGUCCAAGAUCAAGAUGAAAGCUCAGACUAAUAUGCUCAUCAUUGGUGGUGGUCUUUCGAGUGUUCAAAUUGCCGACCUCGCCCUUCAGCGCGGAGUUUCCCGAGUGUAUUUGAUGAUGCGUGGACCUCUCAAGAUUAAGUAUUUCGACAUGGAUCUCGAAUGGGUUGGGAAAUUUCGCAACUUCAAUCAAGCCGCUUUCUGGUCCGCUGAUACUGACGAAGAGCGCCUCGAGAUGUACCUGGAGGCCCGCAAUGGAGGCAGUGUCACGCCGCGUUACCGCAAGGUUCUUGAUGGACAUCUGAAUACUGGAAAGAUUGUGCUUCAUAAUUUCACUACAUUGGAGUCUGUAAAAUGGAACGAGAUAUCUGAAAGAUGGGCCUGCACCACUUCAUCGUCGGACAUUUGCCUUCCUCCCAUCGACCACAUCGUGUUUGCAACAGGUGUGCAGACGGACAUUCGAACCAUGCCGUUCAUGCAGAGUAUUCUGAGGGACCAUCCAAUUGAGAUCAUGGGAGGCUUCCCCUGUUUGACUGAUGAUCUUAUGUGGUCUGAUGAAGUUCCACUGUUCGCCUCAGGACGGCUGGGUGCUCUGAGAUUAGGUCCUGGCGCACCAAACCUAGUGGGAGCAAGAAUUGGUGCGGAGAGAAUCUCAUGGAACGUCCAAGAUCUCUUAGACAAAAUGAACGGUCGAAGAAGGACGAGUGGUCAGAGUGAGGAUGAAAGUGAUGGUGGUGAUGAGGAACUAGCUGAGUACGCCGCAGCUCGAAGCAAUCGCUAUAAUAGCUUAGUGAACGCUGGAGGG